UUUGCGAGACGCAGUCGAAGGUGCCGAUUGAGUAAGGGUUUUUUUUUUCCUGUGGAAGAUCAUGCCGGCCAAGCCAGCACCCGUUAAGAAAGGGGCCAAGGUGGUGAAGAAGGAGGUUCCACCACCGAAGCCAGAACCUGCACCCGAGGCGCCUCCAGCUGAAGCUCCACCUGCCGAGGUUCCACCUGCUGAAGCCCCGCCAGCUGAAGCUCCGGCGCCCGCCGCCGAGGCCCCUGUAGCCGCUGAGCAAGUUCCAGCCGAGGCUCCGCCAGCAGAGGGGCCCAAAGACGCCCCUGCUGCUGAAGCUCCACCAGCUGAGGAGAUCAAAGCUCCUACACCUCCCCCUCCUGCAGAGCCCACCAGUGAGCCUUUGGAGUUGACUGUAGAGGAUGUCAAUGAUGUUUCGGUCACUAUCCAGUGGAGACCUCCUGCUACCAUUGGGAAUGCUGGCUUGGAUGGAUACAUUGUGGAAUGCUGCAAGGAAGGAACUGGUGAUUGGAAAGCUGUUAACGAACAGCUGACCAUUUCCUGCCGUUAUGUCAUUAAGAACCAGACCACUGGUGACCGUCUCAACAUCAGGGUGGUGGCUAUGAACUCUGGUGGCCGCAGCCCUCCUGCCACUUUAGCCGAUGCCGUGCUGGUCAGAGAAGUCGUAGAUCGCCCCAAGAUUCGGCUGCCACGUUUCCUCAGGCAGCGUUAUGUGGUGAAAGUUGGAGAGAAAGUCAACCUUGUCAUCCCCUUCACUGGCAAACCCCAGCCUGUUGUCACCUGGACAAAGGACGGACAGCCCAUUGACACCAAGAGAGUGAACGUCCGCAACAGUGACAGGGACAGCAUCUUCUUCAUCCGUGCAGCAGAGCGAGCCGACUCUGGUGUCUAUGAGAUGUGUGUUAAAGUGGAAAGCUUUGAAGACAAAUCCCAGCUGACUCUGCAGAUUAUUGAACUGCCAGGUCCACCAGCUAGCGUAAAGAUUGUGGAUUCCUGGGGGUUCAAUGUUGCUUUGGAAUGGACUGAGCCAAAGGACAACGGAAACACCACCAUCACUGGAUACACAGUGCAGAAGGCUGACAAAAAAACUGGGGACUGGUUCACAGUGCUGGAGCAUUAUCACAGGCUGAAUGCAACUAUCUCAGACCUGAUCAUGGGAAAUACUUAUGCUUUCAGGGUCUUCACUGAGAACAAGUGUGGAAUCAGCAAUGAUGCCACUGUUACAAAGACCACUGCCACCAUCCAGAAGACAAGUAUUGAAUAUAAACCACCAGACUACAAGGAACGUGACAUAAGCGAGGCCCCCAAGUUCACCACGCCCAUGCCAGACCGCUGCGCCACUGUGGGCUACUCCACCAAGCUGCUGUGCUCCGUCAGAGGAUUCCCUAAGCCCAAGAUUCAGUGGAUGAAGAACCAGAUGAUAAUCGGUGAUGACCCCAAGUACAGGCAGAUAAACAACCAGGGAAUCUGCUCUCUGGAGAUCCGCAAGCCCAGUAACUUUGAUGGCGGUGUGUACGUGUGCAAGGCCAUCAAUGAACAUGGUGAAGCUGUUGUCUCCUGCAAGCUGGAGGUCAAACAAGCGGUAAUUCAUGAUGCUGAUAAGAAAUAAGGAGCAGCAGCACAGUUUGCUCAAAAGGAUUCUCAAGACACCGGUUGUUGACACAGAGAAAAGCAAAAAAAAAGGACAUGAACUGUACAUAUGAAUGAAAUAACCCGGGACAUUUAUUGUUUUUGUCGUGUGUGACACUUCAUCUCACAAAUAGAACACAUCUAUUAUAUAGGCAAAACAUCGAUGACCUGUGGCUGAGACAACAGGUUUUAUUUGUUUCUAUUUAUGUAUGUAUCUUCUGAUACCCGACACUGUUGUUAUGUUUAAGACUGAUCAAAUUUUGGCCUCUGAAAGGGAUUAUCUGCAGUAAAAUGGGAAAAGUUUCAGUGUUUCGUUUCAAAAUAAAUCUAUGCCUUCAA